ACUCGAUGAUGGUCGUGUUGAAGUGCACCAUCAUCGUCUUUGGCAUGUUGAAUUUCUUCAGCUGCCUCAUGAAGACCAUCCUCUGCUGAGCCUUUUUGUUGAUGAAGCUGAUGUUCAGCUCCCACUUGAGGUCCUGGGUGAUGAUGGAGCCCAGGAAACGGAAGGAAUCCACAGUGGUGACUGGGGAGUCACACAGGGUGAUUGGGUAAGGUGGGGCUUCGUACUUCCUGAAGUCCACCACCAUCUCCACUGUCUUCAGGGCGUGGAGCUCCAGGUUGUUCUGGCUGCACCACGUCACAAGGUGGUCCGACUCCCACCUGUAGCCGGACUCAUCCCACCAGAAUCAGUCCAUUGAGGGUGGUGUCAUCCGCAAACUUCAGGAGCUUGACGGACUGCCGACUGGAGGUGCAGUUGUUGGUGUACAGGGAGAAGAGCAGAGGGGAAAGAACGCAGCCUUGGAGGGAACCGGUGCUGAUGGACUGAGAGGCAGAAACUCCCACACAAGAAGGCAGAAAUAAGACAAUAAAAGCUGUAUGAUAUAACUAAUAUUGAAUUGAAUUUCCCUACUGACUGAGGAAGAAGGAAAGGAGCAACCAAUUGUUGUGCAUCAUUCAUAACAGACUUGUUAUAGAAUAUUUUGGCUAUGCGAGCACCAUUAUCCCGUCCAACCAAUAUUGUGCUGGACGAUAAUCUUGUCAUAUUAUAUCUUCAAUCAGUGUCUGGACAUGAUUACCAUGCCAGGCUAGUUGGGAUUUGCUCAAACUUUUUAAAUGAGUUGACGGAUGCAAAAAAGCAAAUGAUUGGUGAAACGUGUCCGACUCUAAUUUCAGUACGUUUUUAUACAAAUUCCUUUUGAAUUUUCAAUGUGUUUAAAUUCAGAUUCAUUAUACAAUGCUAAAAAUGUGAAACGUCUGUUUACCAACAGGCAGACUGAGCAACGCAGUAUUACAUUCAAGCUCUGCUCAUGUCCACCCUGAACACAACUAACUGCUACAUGAUCGAAAUGUAAUAUAUUAAACCCCUCUCAUUUAGAGUUUUACAGCGGCACGCCGUGAGAUUCCUAACCUCACACCAACCACAGACAUGUGAGGUAGAGAGAUGGGGAACACAAUAAUGAACUGGCCCAUAAUCGUCCAGGGUGACGUCAGAGCUCGACCUACUUCCGAUACCCGGGAGGUUGUGAGUGACUGUGGACACGACGGUGCGCCGUCCUCUGACCAGACCGCGAGCGAGUCGCAUUCAAAAUCCCAAACCAAGGAGCAAUGCAGCUGAGCGCAUGCAACGCACUCCUCCCCGUCCGCUCCCUUUCAUCUCCACCGCGUCUCCCCUCAACACCCCCCCCCCCCCCUUCUUUUGUCUCCCUGCUCCUCUCAGCUGCUUCCUCUCCUCCAACCUCCUGUCUCCGUUUUUCAAAUCACACACCCUCCCGCAGUCAACAGCCUUUUUCUUCUCCAUGACACACUUCCAGCACAGCAUAAUUUGUUUCCUUUUGAGGUGCUUCUUUAUUCCGGGACAAACUCUCUGUCUCGAUGUCUCCCUGCCAGCUUAUCUUGUUAGGCUUUGGCUCUUUUCCAAAGCACAUUUUUUUUCAGGUCAAUGUCAGUUGUGUUCUCUCGCGGGCUCUCGCUCCUACUCUCGCGCUCCGUCACUGCGGAGAGCACACCAGCUAAAGACAUUGCGGUGUGGCUGGCGGGCACACACAAACGAUGCUGGUUGCUGUCGGGUUGCUGAAGCGUGUGUGUGCGUGCGUGCCAGCAGUCUUUUAAAGGAUCCCUGCUGUAGUCGUGCACCGAUUCGCCGCCUGCAGUGCUCGUCAUGCGCAAGCUCCGCCAUCUCUCUCCUCUUCUGGCUUUUUCCUUUCCUCUCCCUCUGUCAACCACUCACUUCCUUUCCGCCCCCCCCUCUCCUCUCCUCACACUUCCUCAGUCGUUGCUCGGUCCGCCUAGACACAUAUGCUGUGUGUGUGCAUUUAGGUUGAAACACUUAGUCAAGAGGGUGUGUGAGUCAUCCUUGUUGCCGUAGUCAGGAGAGGGGGAUUCUUCCUCAUCCUAUACUGCUCCAGCUGGACUUUAACCGGGAGAGGAAGCCUUAGCGCAGGUUCAGGGUCUCCCACCAUGGCAGUGGCCAUCCAGGACUUCCAGAGGUCAGAGUCAGACCGACUCAAUGAAGUCAAAGGUCACCUGGAAAUUGCCUUAUUGGAGAAACAUUUCCUACAGGAGGAGCUGAGGAAGCUGCGGGAAGAGACCAAUGUGGACUCUCUGCGGCAGGAGCUGGACAGAGAGCGAAGCAAGAGGAUGGACUUGGAGCAGAAAAUGAACGACGUGCUCAAAACCAGGCUGGAGGACUCUCCGCCUCUGCCUCCCCGGAAACAGCAGUCCCCGUCAAACAAUGGGACAGCAGACAAACAGCAGAAGGAGGUCUGGAGCUCACGCCUGCAGAAAUGGGUGUACGAGCGCUUUGGGGUUUACAUCGAGGACUUCCGCUUCCAGCCAGAGGAAAGCACCGUGGAGGCCGAGGAACCACUCAGUGCUAAAAGGUUAACAGAAAAUAUGAGGCGACUCAAGCGAGGCGCCAGACCUGUCACCAACUUCUUAAGGAACCUCUCCGCCUUAUCCAAUUGGCACUCCGUCUACACCUCAGCUAUUGCCUUCAUUAUCUACAUGAAUGCUGCUUGGCAUGGCUGGGCCAUUCCCAUGUUACUCUUCCUGGCUAUCCUGCGCUUGUCCUUAAAUUACCUCAUCGCCAGAGGUUGGAGGAUCCAGUGGAGCAUUGUGCCUGAGGUCUCUGAACCCACGGAGCCCCCAAAGGAAGACCUGACUGUAUCUGAGAAGUUCCAGCUUGUACUUGACGUUGCACAGAAAGCACAGAACCUUUUUGGAAAAAUGGCAGAUGUUUUGGAGAAGAUAAAGAACUUGUUCAUGUGGGUGCAGCCGGAGAGCACCCGGAAACUUUACAUCUGCCUGUGGAUGGCUUUUAUCACCUCCUGCGUCCUGCCAUACAAGCUAAUGGGCUUCAUGAUGGGCCUGUAUGCCGGCAUCAAGUUCUUCAUCAUAGAUUUCCUGUUCAAGAGCUGUCCGAAGCUGCGGGACAAGUACGACACACCCUUCAUCGUGUGGAACAGCCUUCCUACCGAUCCUCAGCUCAAGGAGAGGACCAACGCCACUGUGUCUCGGCGGCUGUCUGGCACUGAGAAGGUUCAGCCGGUGGUUUCUAGGAGCAACCUCGCCACCAUCCCCUGCGGGGUGAGCAGGGAGGAGGAGACGGGACGCUCCCACAGUACCAAGAAGGGCGCUUUUCAUGAGAUCUUCAACCUGCUGGAGUCAGAGCGCCCUCUGGCGGUGUGCGAGAACGGCUGGAGGUGUUGCCUCAUAAACAGAGACAGGAAGAUGCCCACAGACUAUAUCAGGAACGGUGUCCUCUACGUCACAGAGAAUUACUUGUGCUUUGAGAGCUCCAGCUCCAGAUCAAGCUCCUCAAAGAAGAAUAAAGUAAUCAAGCUGGUGGACAUCACUGAUAUACAAAAGUACAAGGUGCUGUCGGUUCUACCCGGAAGUGGAAUGGGCAUCUCUAUAGCUACUCCAUCCACUCAGAAGCCGCUGGUGUUUGGUGCCAUGAUCCAUAGAGAUGAAGCUUUUGAGGCCAUCUUCACCCAGUAUAUGAAGAUCAUGACCACCACCAAACCGCCAGCCAACGCGGAGCUCUAGGCGGCCUUUAUCCCGGCAACAGACCCCCCCCCCCCCCCCCCCCCCGGCCCUCUCCCACAUCCCUUCCGUGGGGCAAAGAACCUCUUAAAACUGGAAGAUACCCACCACACUCCUAUGAUCUGCGAGAGCCUCAUCCUGUGAUGGGCAACGACUUCGUCAAGGGGGGGGGGGUCCAACCCUCGUCAAGGGGACAUCCUGGCGUGUUGGCUACAUGUAGGAUUUAGUCACAUCACACACUUUUUUUGUGGGUGUUGGAUUAUUCCCGAAAUCCGGUAACUGUUCACGAGGAGGAGAGGGCUGGCGGCGGCGGGGGGGGGGG